GGGGCGCCGAGCAUGGGCGGCGGGCGCUGGGCCGCGGCGGGCGCGCUGCUGGCGCUGGCCGCCGGGCUCCUGGCCGCGGGCUCGGCCAGCGAGUACGACUACGUGAGCUUCCAGUCGGACGUCGGCGCGUACCAGAGCGGGCGCUUCUACACCAAGCCGCCGCAGUGCGUGGACAUCCCGGUGGACCUGCGGCUGUGCCACACCGUGGGCUACAAGAGGAUGGUGCUGCCCAACCUGCUGGAGCACGAGACCAUGGCCGAGGUGAAGCAGCAGGCCAGCAGCUGGGUGCCCCUGCUCAACAAGAACUGCCACAUCGGCACCCAGGUCUUCCUCUGCUCGCUCUUCGCGCCCGUCUGCCUGGACCGGCCCAUCUACCCGUGCCGCUGGCUCUGCGAGGCCGUGCGAGACUCGUGCGAGCCCGUCAUGCAGUUCUUCGGCUUCUACUGGCCCGAGAUGCUCAAGUGCGACAAGUUCCCCGAGGGCGACGUUUGCAUCGCCAUGACCCCGCCCAACGCCACCGAGGCCUCCAAGCCCCAAGGCACGACGGUGUGUCCUCCCUGUGACAACGAGCUGAAAUCCGAAGCCAUAAUCGAGCAUCUCUGUGCCAGCGAGUUUGCCCUGAGGAUGAAAAUCAAAGAAGUGAAAAAGGAAAAUGGCGACAAGAAGAUUGUUCCCAAGAAGAAGAAGCCCCUGAAGCUGGGGCCCAUCAAGAAGAAGGAGUUGAAGAAGCUGGUCCUGUACCUGAAGAAUGGGGCCGACUGCCCCUGUCACCAGCUGGACAACCUCAGCCACCACUUCCUCAUCAUGGGCCGCAAGGUCAAGAGCCAGUACCUGCUGACGGCCAUCCAUAAGUGGGACAAGAAAAACAAAGAAUUCAAAAACUUCAUGAAGAAGAUGAAGAACCACGAAUGUCCCACUUUCCAAUCAGUCUUUAAGUGA